AUUAAAAGAUGGCGAGCGCUGGACGAGGAAAGGCAGCUGGGAAUCCGUUUUUCGAUGACGAAACUACCGAAGACGUUGACGACUUCACUUUCCUCAACAGUGCCCGCAAAAGCAGUUCGCCGUACUCACUGGGAAAUGAGCAAAACCUCCGCAAUCGGCAAUGGGAGCAGCAGCGCGAGCAGCUACUGCUCGAACGUCAGCAGCUGGAAGACAGCAUCCUGCAAAGCUCCAACUCGGCCGUGCGCGUACUGUAUGACACGGAACAAGUUGGCAUAGCCACUGCCGAGGAAUUGGCGCACCAAGGUGAACAGCUUAAAAAUGUUGAUCGUAAACUGGACACCAUCAAUACGAACCUCAAAGUCAGCCAGAAGCACCUGAAUUCCAUGAAGAGCAUUUUUGGAAGCAUCAAGAGUUACUUCCGCGGCGGUAGCAGCACUGAUGCCUCUAGAAAUGUGGGUGCCACUGCUGGAUUUGGAGCUGAGGAAGAAGAAGAGCAGCCUGCGACCGACCUCCAGAAGGCAUUAAACAAAGUGAAACAGGAGAGCAAUGCGUCGAGGCCAUCCACGCAUCCUGCCUUUCGAGUUCGAGGCCUAGACACCUCUGGAUUUGGGACCGGCUUCGAGGACGAGCAGGGGGACUCGCUGCAGCGGCCGCAGCAGCCGGCCUACAAGAACCGUUCAGCUGAAAUCGAGCAGAAGCUAGACUCAAACCUUGCGGAACUCGACAGCGGUUUGGGGAGACUGAAGUUCUUGGCACAAGGCCUCGGCAAGGAGCUGGACGACCAGAACGAGUUGCUGGACAACUUGACGGAGAAGACGGACCUGGCAGAAGGAACUGUCGUGCACCAGAACAGUCAGAUCAGGCGAAUCCUCAAGAAGUGAACGACAAUGCGCCAGAUGCCAUUCUGAUCAGCCCGUGAUCAGGUUGACAUGUGAUGCCCAUGACCAGGUUGACGUGUGAAACACUUUCGAAUAUUGGUGCAGAAGAAAACGUCACAAGAUUGUGUUUCACCAAGGGAGUUUGUGGAGCUUAGGAGUGAACACUCUCAUUAAGUAUCCAUAGUUACAAAAUGUUCCUUUUGUUGCAGUUUGCCUCGGUAUUUUGCAGAGUGCAAAACUUGCAUUGAAUUAAAACAGUUUGCUAACUGUCAGAUGUUGCUGCAACACUAAAAAAUUACAACAGUUAGCUGUUUCCAAGCAGGUAUAUGCUGCAUUGGCUGAUGAGCAAUGCAGAAUUGUUCCAGGUAGAAGCAUUGCUUUUGGCAAUAUCGUCAGUCAUUUUAAGCGCUAUAAGAAGUGUUAGGGAAGGGCGUAACAUUUUCUUGUUUUGCACUAAAUACCUGUUAGUGUUACCUUUAUAUUAUAAAUUUUUUCUGUUAGAGUCUAUAGAAUGUGAUAAUACAGCUUUCUCGUCUGGUAUUAUUUAACUAGACCAAGUGUGUGCUCUGAGAGCACUGGGGAACUGUUUUACUCGAUGGGGGAUCACUGCUGCAAAAGAAGUUAUUUGGGCUUGUUAGUAUUUGUUUUGAUUUAUCUGUAUAUAGUAGCACUCCCUUAUUUCUUUUUUAUGAGUACUGUCUGGGGCAAAUUACUGCUAAUAAAAUGUUAUUGUUGUGGUGGUAUAAUGCUGAUAGUGCUUUUGUGAGGAGAGCACAGCUGUCUAGUCAGGAGGUAAUGCACAGAUUCAAGCGGUCCGCUUUGUACACAGGCUUCUCUUCUGAUUUUUCUGCAGUUACAAUCAGUCAUUAGGUAUCCUUGAUUGUGUCUCUAUUAACAGAGCAUCGAUGUAAUAAAGCAUUAACCAUUACAUCAAACUGCUUGGCGAUGGUUAGUCCCGAUUUGCCCAGCUUUCGAGCUUGCAUCAUUGUUGCGGGAUUGGCAUCUGUUACGAUACAGCGGUGUAUUGCGCUCCUUACAAAAUGAUGAUCCAGUAGUAAGCAUCAGCUAACAACCUAGGUUUGAUGAAAUUUAAAAAACUUGACAAUAACCGUUGGCGUUUAUGUCCCAAAACCAUGAUACAUUUACAAAAGACAUCAGGUAGAGGAGGACUGUAGAAAUUUUGAUCCACCCACAGUUAAUUAACGAGGACAUGAACAGUGAGUAGAUCUGGUUUUAAAAGUUUGUGGAGAACAAACAUUGAGGUAGCUGAUCGUGCCUUUUCUUACUUGCCCAUUGUGGAUGUAUUAUCAGAGACUCGUUCAAAUCAACUCAUAAUUCAUAGAAGCUGAUGAAAAAAAAUAUAUAUAUAUAUAGACCUGUAUAGAAAGCGACACCUGCUGUAUAGCCCAGGGCAUGAGCCGUCCAGCGCAACAGAGGUAUGACAGAACUACAUCGCAUAUUUGUACAGAAAAUCUGGAUAAUUUUAGCAGCAUCGUUCGCUGGGUGUGCACUCAUCUGUUGCUUAGCCAAGACCGAUUUUGCUAAUGUCCACUCAUUUGGAGACAGCAAGUCACAUAGGCAAUGUUGUAGGCAAAAUCAUGCAAACCGGACAAUGAUCUUCUUAGCCAAAGUCAAGAUAUAGAUAAAUCAAAUUGGAAACAUGCACUAACACGGAUUUCCUGGAUAAUGGCUGUCUUCUGUUCUGAUGCAAGGGUGUCAUGCAUACCAUGAGUCGGCCAGUGCAUGGAGUACGUACACAAUAUGUUGAUAUGUAUUUACAAAAUAUAGAGGUAAGAAUUGUUAGAAAUGGUCACACGUUCACAGUAGAAGUUUGACUGGAAUCAAGUACAGGUUCAAAACACGUGAAUCGCAUUAUCGGUGAACGUACCUCCAGCAACACUUCUUUGCAAAUGCCAAAUGGAGAUACAGAGCAACUCCCACGUGAAAGUACUAGAGCACGCAUCUAGAAACUGCCGUUGCUCUAAAUGGAACUUCAACCUCCUGAUGCUAGACAUUUCACGUGCGAGAGUGGCCAGCCAAUGUCGAUGAACAGCGGCAAACGAAGUGCUUUGUAUAACUCAACUUCAGAUUCCUUGCUUCACUGAUUCUUCCCAGCAAUUUCUGCAUUGAGGAUGUUUUUCUGUGUACUACAGUUUGUGUACAAAUGCCGAGAGGAAGGCUUGAUUACAAAUUGUCGCGUAGCGCAGAGAAGUUGCUGUUAACAUUGCUGACAUCACUUGAGGGGCCCCUUCUUAGAGCGUAGAUAACAUUGAUUAAAUGUUAGAUUAAUUAGCCACGAGAAAGACAACUGCUGGCGUCCUUGAUAGACCACAAUAAGGAAGUAUGAUAUAGAUUCUACAGUCGGGGGAGUGGCGAGAAAUGUUUUUUUUUUUUUGGGGGGGGGGUGGGAUGAGAGGUGUUGAACUUCCCACCCUCUUGGCUACGCCACUGGUUCCAGCUUAGUGUUUACGACACAAACCAUAAGCACUGUUGGUAAAUAUGGUGACAUAUGCCGCCCGAUUUCUACAAGUUUUUCCAUUUUUAAAGCUUCCUACCUAUCUGUUAUACUGGUAUCAAUGCUUCUAUUUAUUGUUUGCAUGUAGGAGGACUUUUGAAAUAAUGCAUAUAAAUGCAGCCACUGAUAGAAUUUUCAGGUAAUUGUUUUUUAGAUUUCUAUGCUACUAUUUGGGCCCACCCUCAAGGACGACACGAACUUGCAGAGCAAACAACAGCGAUUGAAAUUUUGGUUUCCUCUAAAUGAAUAUUAUAUGAAUAGUUCAUGAAUAAACUUCAUGAACACUUUAUUUUCUGGUGACAAAUUAUAUAUAAAGCAAGGUAUUUGUCCAAAGCAUCUUCAGAGUACUUCAACAACCUCUGCAAUAAAGAACCCUCAUUUUAGGGUAAACAAAAAUAAUUUUUGUAGUAUUUUGUUUCAUUGUAGUAUUUUUCAAGCUCAAUUGUGAUCUUAAUUUUGUUUUUGUUCAAGCAUGGUUUUGCUUAUAGGAGUCCAGCUACCUGCUUUGUCAAGGCCCAUCUAUCCAAUAACACUUCCUAAGUUACCAAAGUUAAUUUGCUGAGAUAUAGUGCUGCAGAGAUCUCGUCCAAGUGGGAGUUGUACUUUGCCACUUUUGCUUAUUAGGACAAUGAUCUGAUUAUCGUUGAUGCUUUGGCCGGGCCCGCUCCAGUGGCACGCACGCGUAAACUCUAGCAAAGUUGCUUCCCAAUUUUAUGAUUCAGCAAAAUGAAGUAACAUACACAUACCAGGUUGGUAGGCGCUUUUAGCUAAUUGAUUCUGUUCCCCGUUCCACUCAUACGCUCAACGCCACCGGAGCGCAAUGCGCGUUGUUGGUUUUAGCCAAGCGUCUUUUGUUCUUGGCAAUCGAGAUGCCACCAGUGCAUGAAAAUGAAAAGCAUGUUGAAAAGGAAAAUAAAAAUUGUACUUAUCUUGCAGCAAGAAAGCAAUCUUUGUUUUCAGUGUGAAUUGAUUUACUUUAGCGUUAUAGUGGCGCUUGAUGCAUGAUCAUUAAAAUUUUUUGUCACCUUGACAUGGAGCGGGAGUACAAUCUAAGCCUUCAAGGCAGCACAUACACGUUUCAAACGCGCUGCCACAAGGCACAAAAUCAGCGUGUUGCCUUGUGACAAGUCGAACAAAGAGUGUUUCUGAAUAUGGAUGUUGUUAAAAACAAAAUUGUUACUAUUGUAUACAUAAAAUAGCUUACUAACGAAGGUUUGCAGAGUCCUUUUGACGAAAGUACCAAAGCAGCAGCUCGAGACGCUUCUUCAUGGCCCGAAGUGUCAGCUCUGGAAGUAUCGCUGCGUAGAACGUCGCCCACAUGUGCGGAUUUUCAAAGGGAUUGGUUGCGACGAAGCGCCAUUUUCCCAGGCGCCCUCUUUUCAUGCAGCAGCCUGUGCUCACUCUCUUCAGAGCUGUUAGUGCCUGCUGUUUGGCGUCAUACAACAGACACCGUGCUAUCACACGCUUUGUAGAUAUAUACUACAAAGCGUGUGCAGUCUAUCGCAGAUAACGCUGAUUCAGGAAGGUAAUCAUUAGAAAUGGUUUCUGUGAGAAUGCAUGUCCCCUUUGCUCCUCUUUCUGACGAAGUUUCUCAUCUGUGUACUUGGAGGCCAUCAAAACUUGUCGGACCUUUGCAUGCAUGUAGAAUGACUUCGUAGGCAUCGCUCCUGUGCAGUAUAUGAAGCCCGCAGUUUCAGUAAAUCAAUGCUGCGAGAUUGAUGUCUGUGCUUUUAGGCUAGUGUGUAGCUCUCUGUCACACUUGAAUUUGGAACUAUUUGAGCAUUUUGUUUAGAAAUUUGUUAAUGUGUUUUUUACUUAAAGAUCGUGUUUGCCAAACAUUACAAGAAAAAUCAGAUGUGGUUUUACGUAAGCGGAUUAUAUGCUAGUGCUUUUCGCUCAUAUGAAAUGCCCAACUGUGACCAUAUUCUAUGGCUGCAUCAAAAACUUUUUUAUGUUCUUUCAGACUACAGCGAAGGCACUUAUGUGAUGUCACGCGAUUUUUGUCAACACAACAUUCCACCAUCAUUCAUGUCUGCUGUGUGUUUUUAUGCAAUAAAAUGCUGGUCACCAAUU